CUUAAUUAGGACUGCAGUACAAUGGAACGAGUGCUAGAAAUGUCUUUGUGACAAAGGAGUUCUGGAUGCAUGCUGAAAGAGAAUGCCACAAUGAAGUACUGCCAGGUGGAAAUACAGCCCUGGAUGGGUGCUCACAGAAUGAUAAAUCACCAGGACGUUCUGCAAGUCGAUCAAGUAACAUCUCCAAAGCAAGCAGUCCUACAGCAGCUACAAUUCCAAGGAUCCACUCCCAGACUUCAGUUUGCCCAUCAACUCAGGACAUCUGUAGGAUUUGUCACUGUGAGGGAGAUGAUGAAAGCCCACUAAUAACACCAUGCCGAUGUACUGGGACCCUGCGUUUUGUGCACCAGUCCUGUUUGCACCAGUGGAUUAAGAGCUCUGACACCAGAUGUUGUGAACUCUGCAAGUACGAAUUCAUAAUGGAGACGAAGCUGAAGCCUCUUCGGAAGUGGGAAAAGUUGCAGAUGACAACAAGUGAAAGAAGGAAGAUCGUCUGCUCUGUCACAUUCCAUGUUAUUGCAAUUACAUGUGUUGUCUGGUCCCUUUAUGUUCUCAUAGAUCGGACAGCAGAGGAAAUUAAACAAGGCAAUGAUAAUGGAGUUCUUGAAUGGCCAUUCUGGACAAAACUUGUUGUGGUGGCAAUUGGAUUUACUGGAGGUCUGGUCUUCAUGUAUGUGCAAUGCAAAGUCUACGUACAAUUAUGGCGAAGGUUGAAAGCGUACAAUCGGGUAAUUUUUGUGCAGAAUUGCCCAGAUACUGUCAAAAAAGCAGAAGACAAAAACACUUUUAGUAUUCAAAACCCUGAAAACAAAGACUUUACUGUAGUGCCUGUGUCUCUAACAGAAACUAAUACUCAGCAACCAUUGGGAGAGACUAUACCUAAUGUAGAACCUGUCUGACCAAUCAACACCCCUUCUUCAAAGAACUCGUUUGGUGGCAAUCAGAGAUCAAAGGUGACUGCUGAAAAGUGAAGUGAGGCUACAUGUUUUCUGGUCGGAAGCUAAAUGGCCAAGAAACAUAAAAACCUAAAACUCUUGGCAAAAAAAGAAAGCUGUACUUCUGAUGGAAUCUGAUUAGCUGUCUGUAAAUUUAGUUUCUUCAUGCUGUCAGAAUGUGUGAGAUUACAGGAGGUGCAAAUGAAAAUGCGAUAUGUGAAGUAGAAUUCAAUACAAGAGCACUUUUUUCUUAGUUAUCCUACAUAAAUUAUAUGUAUUAUUUUCA